AUGUCUGACGUCCAGAAGCCUGUUGAGGAGACGCCUGUCGCCGCUCCUGCUGUUGCUCCUGCUACUGAAGCGCCCGCUGCCACCGAGGCUCCCGCCACGGAGGCUCCUGCUGCUGAGGCCCCCAAGGAGGUUGCCGCCGAGAACACCGAGGCUGCCCCCGCCGCUGCUGCUGAGGACAAGAAGGAGGAUGUCGCUGAGCAGCCCAAGGAGGAGGCUAAGAAGGAGGAGGUGACCCCUGCGUCCGAGGGCGUGCUCGGCCACAAGGCCCCUGGUCUCGUCAAGGGUCUGCGCUUCUCUAAGCGUUUCUUCUACUUCAGCGAGGAGGCUGUCGAGGCCAAGAACCUGUCCAUCUUCCACCAGAACGAGAAGCCUGCCGUUGCCAACCCCAUCGCCGCCUGGGCUAGCCAGACCGGCAAGGGUCUGCUCUUCUUCACCAAGCGCGCCGAGGACAAGGCUACCCCCGCUGGUAUCUUCAACUUGGCCGAUGUCACCGACGUCACCAAGGAGGGUAGCAACGAGUUCCUGUUCAAGGUCAACGGACACAAGCACACUUUCCAGGCCACGAGCGCUGCUGAGCGUGACAGCUGGGUCGCCGCCCUUGAGGCCAAGACCGCUGAGGCUAAGGCCGAGAAGGAGGCCAUCACCGGUAGCGAGGGCUACAAGGCCGAGCUUGAGAAGCUGACCAAGCCUGCCACCGCCGCCGCCGCUGCUAAGCCUGCUGAGAAGCCCGCCGACAAGCCUGCCGAGGCUAAGGAGGAGGCCAAGAAGGAGGAAACUGCCCCCGCUGAGGAGCCCAAGGACAAGGCCACCGCCAAGAGCCGCUCUCAGUCUCGCAAGAGAACCAGCCUGUUCGGAACUCUCCUCGGAAAGAAGGAGGAAGGCGAGGAGAAGAAGGAGGAGAAGGUCGAGGAGGCCAAGCCCGCCGAGGCCUCCACCGAGGCUCCCGCUGAGGCUGCUGCUCCCGCUGCCGAGGCUUCUGAGGCUGCCCCUGCUGUUGCUGCUGCCCCUGCUACUGAGGCUCCUACCGACGCCCCCGCUGAGGUUGCCGACAAGAAGGAGAAGGAGGAGAAGAAGGAAGAAAAGGAGGAAAAGAAGGAGGAAAAGAAGGCCGAGAAGUCCAAGCGUACCUCUCUCUUCGGCAACUUUUUCCAGAAGGUCACCAGCCCCUCUCACGAGAAGUCGGAGAAGGAGGCCACUUCUCCCGCCGAGACUCCUGCUGUCGCCAGCACUGCUCCUCAGCUCGACAACCCUGUCGAGGAGGCUGCUGUGAAGCCCAUCGAGCCCGAGAGUGUCACUGCCCCUGCUGAGGGUGAGGCCGCUAAGGAGGCCACUCCCGCUCAGUCCCCUGCCGCGGAGACCCCCAAGGACAAGCGCCGCACCUCUUUCUUCGGUAACUUCGGUAAGAAGAAGGGUGACUCCGACAACGAGGGAACCGAUGGCGAGGCCAAGCCCAAGGGUAACAAGCUCGGAGGUCUUUUCCGCAAGCCCAGCAAGGCCGUGAAGUCUGAGACCCCCAAGGAGGCCACUGCCACCGAGACCGAGGCCAAGCCCGAGACUGCUGCCCCCAAGCAGGAGACCGUUGAGGAGUCUCCCGCUGAGGAGAGCGCCCAGCCCGCUGAGACCCCCGCCACCGAGGAGUCUAAGCCCGUCAACGUUUCUUCCACCGCUGCUCCCGUCCAGGCUGCUGCUUGA